UGUCAGGAAAUAAGUGCAGCAGCUGAUCAGGUGAUUAACAGUGGAAAGUUUAAAGAGCAGAGUGGGAGCUGCUGCAUGCACCAAAAUGCCUAGGAGGACAGAAGCAGUAAUGCUCCUUUCUCUGGAUGUGGUUAUUGACUGCAACAGGAGCUGCCAAAUCUAGGAGCCCAGGUCUCAUUUUAGCAUGGACAAAGCAGCUGAACUCAUGUGGCAGUGGGAGGAUUCACCUGGCAAAACAGAACAGCAAGAGCAAAGCCCUGAUGACAGAGACAAAGCAGAAGUGCCAGGACAGCCUGCACACAGCAAGGACAAGCCACCCCAGAGCCAUACACUCCAGUGGGAGACUCUAGGCAGACAAUUUGUAGAGUAUGAGCAGGUGGCUCAAUUUCUUAUCCCAGAGGAGCAACAGAGAAGGCUGCUGGACUUUCUUCCCCCCUUCUUAAAGGCCUGGGAACAGUCUGCUGGAGCAAUUGUAUUCCCCAACAUUCAGCUGUUAGCCAGUGAGGUUUCCAAGCUUCUGACAAAAGAAAUUAAGAGGAACCUCAAUGGCAAACCUGCAGAGGAAGCUCGUCUGGCUUUGGAGCAAUUGCUACAACAGAAAGGGGAAGCAGAAAAUGGCCGUUUGCUCCUGAAAUCAGUGUAUGUGCUCUCACAGACUGACUUGAGCACUAUGUGGAACAUCAUUGGAUCUGGCCUUCCAGCUGCUCUGAUGCAGUGCCUGUACCUUUUCUUUACUUUUCCUCUGAAGAAAACCAGUGAUGAUGGAGAGGCAAGUGAAGAUGACACCCAAACUCAGGAAAUGCUUGUUAAGAUAAUGCUUAACAUGUACAGAGAGGAACAAGGUGUAGAGGAACUUCUGGCAGCUGAUAAGCUUCAGUCAUUAAUCAUAGCAACUGCUUCCCUCUGGGACCAGUGUAGCCAUUCAUGGAAAGUACCUACAGGCCGUGUGCUGAGAACAAUUUCAAAGGCUCAGACCAAAACCAGCAUUGUGUACCUACAAGCUGUGGACUGCAUUAAAAUAGCUAUUCAGAAUCUCUUUAAACUGGCUGAUACCCUACCUGCUUGUGAUGUGUGUGAAGCUGCUAGUAUUGUCUUGUGCUUUGUGAAAGAUUCCUAUCCCAUAUCAUCAGCUUUAUUAACAGAGUUUGAAGAUAAUGAUGGCUACCAACUCCUGCUAAAAAUUUUACUCAGAUGUGAGGGGUUGCAGCAAAAUGAAGGAGACCCCUAUCUGGAUGAGAUCUUGGACAUGCUGACCUGUCUUACAACCUGUGGAAAAACUGAACUGAAAGUUUCUGGCAAUAUUGUACACCCACAAUUACCGCACUUCGAUUUCGAACGGACACGGUCUUCUGGAAUGACAGUGAAAAACCUCCAGGCUUUUCAGGUGUUGCAGUCCAUUUUCCAGAAAAGUAAUGAUCAGCACCUGUGCGGAAGAAUCUUGGCAGCAAUUGGUACCAUAUGGGCCUGGGACACAGUAAACUUCUUUCUUCUGGAAUGGACACUACAACCUAUCAACCAGUUUACUGACAUAAUCCAUUUCAAGCCACACCCAGUCCAAGUCCAGUUCUUCAGACUGGUGGAGUCCAUAGUGCUAGACCUCUCCUAUGUCCCCCAUGAAAUUUUGAAGAAGGUUCAGUAUUUGAUAAAGGAAAACAUAGUGCCAUUCUGCACAUUAACAGCUCUCCGGUGCCUUCUCAACAUGACCAAGAAGGACCUGUUAUUCAGUGACAUAUUCCGUGACUCUGGGCUCUUAGGCCUACUGCUGGCACUUUUGAGGAAGCAAGCCAAGAUCCUAAGGAAGUCAGCUGGAACCCAUCUGCCUGGUCUGGAAGAAGGCACUGAGAAAGAAUUAAAUGCUGUGAUGCUGAAGAUGGUGGCUGCCCUUACAGUGAGGUCUGUGAGGAACACUGUUGUUCUGAAGGACUAUGGAAUGGUGCCAUAUAUCAAGAUAUUUUUGGAUGAUGAGUGCUACAGGAAUGCUACUCUCAGCAUCUUGGAGCAGCUAUCAGUCAUCAAUUAUGAAGAAUAUAUGAGCAUUAUCAUUGGGGCCCUCUGUUCUUCUACUCAAGGGGAACUACAUCUGAAACUAGAUCUGCUGAAGUCACUCCUAAGGAUACUGGAGAGUCGCAAGAGCCAUUCAGCUUUCAGAACCUGCAGUGGAUUCAAUGGACUCUUGUCCCUUCUCUCAGAUAUGGAAGGUGCAUUGCAGGACCCUCCAUCUGGGCUGUGGACAGCAGUUGGGCAGAAUUGCAUAUUGGAGCUUGUUUUCUACACACUUCAGGGGAUAUCAGCAGCCCUGCACCUGGACCCUGUCAACAGCUACUUCUUCCAGAGGAAUGGUCUCUUUGAAAAGAUGGCAGAGGAUCUCGGGUCACUUGGAUGCUUCUGGACACAAGGGGAAUGGCAAAUCCCUGUGACCCUUGAGAAGACAAGGACCUUUGCAGAAUUCUUGGAUGCAGCUUUCUGUUCUUCAGAACCUUUCCCAAUGUGGCUAAAGAACUGCAUAUGGAUUCUGAAUUUUCUUGAUCACAUGGUCAAAGGAACCCUCCAUCUGAAGAGCUACUUCAAGGAGAGAAAGCCAGAGAUGGGAGAGGCAUCAAGAGAUGAUCAGGAGGGACCCCAAGCUCAAGAAGAGCAUCCUGCUGUUUUCAAAAGACCAGGCAACAAAUUACCUGCCUCUGCCUACAGGCAAUGGGGAAACCCUGAAGAGAAGUGGGAAAUGGGUGACUGCGCCAUUGUAAAUCCAGGUGCUGUCUGUGUUAUGGUGAGGUUGCUGCCAAAGCUGUACAAAAAGGGACACUCUCAGCUUUCACAGGAAAUCCAAUGUGCUGUGGUUGAUCAUAUCCAGUUCCUGGUGAAGUCAGAGAAGAGUCGCCAGGUGAUGUGUGGAUCUGGUUUGCUGAGCACUGUCAUAACUUCCUGUCAGGAUGCCUUCCGCAAUAAGAGCCAUCCACUGCAUCUGCCCCUCACUAGAGUGUUUGAGAAGCUUGCAUCACAGGCUAUUGAGCCAGAUGUGUUAAGGCAAUUUCUUUGGCUGGGAGGUGCUCCACCACUACCUUCCAGGCCCAGCACAAACAAGACUGAGGUCCUUUCAUGUCAGGGGAGUGAUUCAGCUUGGAAUGAAGGUUCAGAAGAGGACAUGGUGGACAAUAAAACUGAUCCUCAGACAGUUGUGCCUGUCAGCAGCUCUCCUUGGGUGUCUAAGGGAUCUGCAUUGGCACUCCAGACUGCAAUGAGUCUCAUUUCCAUGACGUCACCUCGAAACUUCCAGCUCCGCAGCAAUGCUUUGGCUCCAUCGUUUGUGGAGUUUGACAUGUCCAUGGAAGGAUACGGGUGUUUAUACCUCCCUACCUUGGCCACUGUCAUGGGACCCAGCGCAGAGCAGUCUGUCUCAGGAGGAAUUGGCAUGGGCACCAGAAUGUUCCCUCCCUCAGGUGGCCUGACACUCUCCUGCUGGUUUCUGGUUAGCAAGUUUGGUUUGGUGCACAACAGUCACCCACUCCGUUUCCUCACGGUCGUGAGGCACAUGUCAAGAACAGAGCAAGAAUUUGUUUGCUUUUCAGUAAGCUUCUUCCCACAGGACCUUUCUUUGGUAAUUUCCACAGAAGAAGUGGAAUUCCAGCCGCUUGAUAUCAUGGAACCUGAGGGUGAGAUCAUAAAUCCCUCCCCAUUUCCAGGGCAAGUCCAGUUUGGCUGUGGCAAGCUGCUGGUCACUGGCCAGUGGCAUCAUCUCACAGUGACAGUUGCUAAGGAAGCAAAGAAGAACUGCAUUGUGUCAGCUUAUAUAAAUGGUCAGAUGCUUGGCUCUGCAAAGAUGCAGUAUCUCCAGCCCUUACCAGGUAGCUGUAUUUCCAUGGAACCCUCUUCCUUUAUUGAUGUCUAUGGGUACAUAGCUACUCCUCGAAUUUGGAAACAGAAGUCCUCCUUGACCUGGCGCCUUGGUCCUACAUACUUGUUUGAAGAAGCCAUCUCUGUGGAAACCAUGGAGGUGAUUAAUAAGCUUGGCCCACAGUAUUGUAGCAAUUUCCAAGCAGUGCAGCUUCAAGGUGAGGAGCAGUACAGUGAUCAUAAUCGUACACCUCUGGUGGCAGAAGAGAAGAUUUCUUUUGGAAUCAAUGCCAUGUGUUCAUCUCUCACUACAGUCCAAGAUAUAAAGAGCUCCUACAAUGAAGUGGAUGGCCGACUGAUUGCCAAAGAGAUUGGGAUUAACUCUCGGGACAGUUCAACUCCAGUAUUCCUAGCUAAGAAUAUUGCUGGACACCUCUCAGGUUCCUUGCGGACUAUUGGGUCAGUUGCUGUGGGCCAAUAUGGGGUAAGAGUGUUCCAGUCUUCUCCGGCAGCUACUAGCCUGAACUUUAUCGGAGGUCCUGCCAUUCUGCUGGGUCUCAUUGCUAUGGCCCAUGAUGACCACACCAUGUAUGCAGCUGUCAAAGUCCUGAACUCCAUCCUGAACAGUAGCCCAAUGAGUGAAAAAUUGAUGAGGCACAUGCAUGGAUACCAGUUGCUGACCUAUCUAUUGAAGAGGAAGACACAGCUGUUAAACAACAGGAUUUUACAGUUAAUGUUCUCCCUAGUGGGCACAGCUGAGCUUGGCUUUGAGUCUUCAGUCAUAAAAAAUUAUAGUGCAUUCGAGUAUGUUCUCUGCAACUUUGAGCUUUGGAUGAAAGCACCAGAAAAUCUUGACCUUGCUCUUUUUUCACAUCUUGUGGAGAUCUUGCAGUCCUCCAGAGAUGGAUGUCAGAAUGCUGCAGUUGCCUACCAGGUGCAAAUGGUGCCCAAGCUCAUUUUCCUCUUCAAUGAUCCUGAAAUCAGUAACUCCAGGAUCACUGUGGCCUGCACUAUUCUCUCCCAUCUGUUGCAAGGGUACUUUAACACAAGAGAUGUUCUCAGGAUUGGAUUGUUCCUUGUUUACACUUUGAAACCUUCUUCUGUGGAUGAAAAUCAGAUUUGCCUGGAUGGUGUGGCUGAGAUGCCCAGUGAAGCCUUAAGCCAAACAUCUGGAAAGACAAUCUGGCUUCGAAACCAGUUACUGAAGACGCUGUUAGAUGUAAUGCUCUCAGACAAACUUCAUCUGUCCUCUGAGGAGCAGGAAGAGACAUUUUUGGUGCUGGGAUCAGACUGGUUUCUGCUGUUCACACAGAGCUACGUGCACUCUAGCACAGUUGUGCUAGGAAUCAAGCUACUUCUGUGCUUCCUCCAGAACCGUUUGCUGCUGAACAAAUUCAAGGAGGGGAUAGUGGCUGGGCGCUGGCUGGAAAACAGCUCUGUGGGGUUGAGUAUUCUAAUGGAUAAUUUAAAAACUGAUCCUCCAGUGCCUGACAAUGGCUCCUUCUUGAUUUUUGGGUUUUCUGUGUUGCAAAGAUGUCUGACUGAUCAUGUCCACAUCCCUGAGAUCUACUUGCUUGUGGCAGGGCUCUUUCUGGCAACUCCACAGUCUGAACCACCUGAAGCAGCCAAGAAAGAUCUUGAGUCUAUGUUGCAGUGGAUCUUGCAGCACCAUCUUAAGGAGAAUGUCCUCAAAAUUGGGUUGUGUGCAGAGGCAGCUGCUUUACUGCUGGAAAUGGUUAGAGUCACUGUGGACAAGCCUAUUGCAGAUGCAGAAGCCUCCUGGGAGAUUGCAUAUCCAGGGAAUGUUAUCCAGUUUCUGUGCUUGGUCUAUCACAGUUAUACUCAGGACCCUGUGUGGCACUGUCCUGACUUCCUGAAAACUUUGGCUAUGGUUGCUUUCCAUUCUGGACCACCCAAGGGAGGCUCUGAAGGCCUUUUGACUCCUGAUGGUCCAGCCAUUGCUGAAGGGAAAGGCUGUGUUGAUCCCUCCUCUCUCCCGCUCCUACCACACCCUGCCAAGAAACAAGUGUGGGAUUUUGUGCGAGUCCUCCUGAUGGACAGUCUUCUCAGCAUCCCAGCAAACAAACAAGGGCAUCCACUUGAGCUGAUUCUUGAGGCUUCUCCAGAGGAUGCCACCAGUGAGCAGAAGAGACAUUUUCAGACAAAAGUUUUGCUGUCUGCUAUGGACAUCUUCAGUGUUACUAGCCAAGGUGAGGGGAAAACAAGACCAAGAGCUUGUUUUGGGAUAAUCAACCCUCUUGUAACCUUUCCAGGGACCAGUGAUCCUCAUGGCACUUCAGAAUCAACUGCACCUGUAUCCAUGAUGAAUAUUGCUUAUUUUGCUCAGAAGCUGGUUGAGAAGCUGAACAGCAGAAUGUUUGCUGCUGACCCCAAGCAAAUCCUGAUCUUCACUGCCAAACAGAUUAUAGGGGUCUUAGAAAGCUCCGUUUCUCAAAAGGAAGUUUUCCUCAGUGCCCUGUACAGCUGUCUAAACAGAGCCAUCCUAUACUGCCUAUCCAGACCACAACAAUCGCUGCCUGAACAGUUUAACAUCCUGAACACUCUCAAUGUCCUACAGGAGCAGUGGGACAUUAUUUUUGCACAUUACAACUCAAAUAAUAAUUUUGUUGUCUGCCUAAUGUACUGCCUUUGCCAACUGAAUUCGGGCAGCUGUUCAGAAGGUUUUGGGGUGGAUGCAAAACCAAAGCUGGCUUCGUAUCACCAAAUUUUCCUUGCACACAGUGAAGAGGAAAAGGGCAGCCUGCCUACUCCUGAUGAUGUCCAUCAGGAGAUUCUAAGAACAGUAGAAAUCAUCUGGAAGCAGCUCAUUUCUCAGAGGCGGCAGGCUUUGGAGGACACUUACAAGAUGGAUCUUUCUGUAAAAGGAAAUGACAAAGAAAGGGACAUGAAGAUAACAGAGAUCACUCCUUUAUGGGAAGAAAUUAUGACAAAAGCUUGGCAACACUUGAUAGCAUCUGAAAAGAAGUUUCUCCAGAAUAAAGCGGGGCCAGGCCCAUCACAGAGCAAGCACAAUUCCUGGAGUGAAAGCCUCUCUUCAGCUAUCAGGUUGAUGCCUGGCCGAAACACAAAGGAAAUGACAUGCAAAUCUGAGGGAUUUGUGUCAUGUAUGGAGCAGUACCGAAGAAUUGGGCAGGAGCUGUAUGCCUCUUUGUACAAGAACCAUGUACAGAUGUUGCAGUGUGGUUACAGCAAAGCAGCCAAGGACUGGAUGAUACUUGAGGAGCAACUUUUCUACAGAAGAGGCCUGUGGAGAGAUGCACCACGAUCCUUAGAGCCACGAUGGAUUCUUGAUUGUUAUGAAGGGCCUUCGCGAAUGAGGAGGAGGAUUCAACAUGUGAACACCCGAGUGGCAACUAUGCGAGUGAAGAGUGAGGUUCUCCUAGCAAACAGAAAUGAAACAACACCCCCUGCUGAAGUGAAUCCAGGAGAGCUGAUGUUAAAUGGAGCAGAAAGGGAGAUGGAUAAGAAGGGAUUGGAUUGCAACCAGCUAACGUUCUUCCCUGCACUACACGAAAGUUUCCAUUCAGAAGACUUCUUGGAACUGUGUGUGGAGAGACAAAUUAUACUGCAGGAGUUUGCAGAGAGUGAAAAGGUCACAUUCAAGUGCUCUGUGGCAGUUGUGCAGGGGCAUACAGCAUUGGAAGGAGUGCUGCUUUUUGGCAAGGAGCACUUUUACAUUUGCGAGUGCUUUGUGUUAUCUCCUCUAGAAGAAGUCUACUGUACACGUCACUGCUUGUCCAGCAUCAGUGAUCCAUUUAUUUUCAACUUAUGUCAUAAAGAUCAUGCUGUGGGAGACCAGAUGUGUUCCCGUUAUUCGUAUCAUGAUAUAAAAGAGAUUCACCUGAUGCGCUUUCUUCUGCAGGAGAUUGCCUUGGAAAUAUUCUUCAAAAAUGGUUACUCCAGAUUUCUUGUCUUCCAUGACAGCGACAGAAAUAAGAUAUUUAAGAGAUUUUGCUCUUUCCAACCUGCUUUGAAGUCGAAGGGGAUAACAGAAGAGUCUUUGAAUAUAAGGAAACACUCAGGAGGGGAAAAGACAAUGCUCCAGAAGUGGCAGAAAAGGGAGAUUAGCAAUUUUGAUUACCUCAUGUACCUGAACACAUUGGCUGGCCGCAGCUACAAUGAUUACAUGCAGUAUCCUGUGUUUCCAUGGGUCCUCGCUGACUAUCACUCAGAGACUCUAAACCUUACUAAUCCUCAUACAUUUCGGGACCUGUCAAAGCCCAUGGGAGCACAGACUGUGGAGAGGAAACGCAAGUUCAUCCAGCGCUACAAUGAGGUAGAGAAGAGUGAGGGAGACCUGUCAGCCCAGUGCCAUUACUGUACUCACUAUUCAUCAGCAAUUAUAGUGGCAUCUUACCUGGUCCGAAUGGAGCCAUUUACCCAGACCUUCUGUUCUCUGCAGGGCGGGAGUUUUGAUGUUGCAGACAGGAUGUUUCACAGUGUAAAGAGCACGUGGGAAUCAGCAUCAAGGGACAACAUGAGUGAUGUCAGGGAACUCAUCCCUGAAUUCUUCUACUUGCCAGAGUUCCUAACUAAUGCAAAUAACUUUGAACUUGGCUGCAUGCAGGAUGGAACAGUGCUGGGAGAUGUGCAGCUUCCUCCUUGGGCAGAUGGGGACCCCCAUAAAUUCAUUCUCCUGCACAGACAGGCACUGGAAAGUGACUAUGUCAGUGCACACCUCCAUUGCUGGAUAGAUCUGAUUUUUGGCCACAAGCAACAAGGCUCAGCUGCGGUGGAAGCAGUUAACACCUAUCACCCUUACUUCUAUGGAGACAAGAUGGACCUCAACAACAUUAAAGAUCCUCUGAUUAAGAGCACCAUCCUGGGUUUUAUCAGCAACUUUGGACAGAUACCAAAGCAGCUCUUCAUGAAACCACAUCCAUCCAGGAAUGCCCAAGGGAAAAGUUCAGGAAGAGAAACUGUGCUGUCCUUUCACUCAAGUGGAAUUCUUCCUCCUUUUAUGAGCAGCCUGCAAAAUCUGAAACUCUCACCAGUCACAAUAAAAGACUAUCCCAAGGGAGCUAUUGGGCAUAUUGUUCAUACUGAGAAAGGCAUUCUGGCUGUCGAAAAAAAUAAAGUUUUGAUGCCUCCUCUUUGGAGCAAAACAUUCUGCUGGGGAUUUGAGGACUUCACCUGCUGCUUUGGCAACUAUGGGUCUGAGAAGAACGUGACUACAUUUGAGUGCAUGGCAGACUGGGGAAAGUGCCUCUGCGCUGUGUGUCCUUCAGCAACUACCAUAAUCACAUCUGGAACAAGCUCGGUUGUGUGUGUUUGGGAACUUUCCUUGGUCAAGGACAAAGUGAAAUGCCUAAACUUGAGACAGGCUUUGUAUGGGCACACUCAGGCAGUGACCUGCCUUGCUGCAUCUGUGACCUACAGCAUAUUCGUGAGUGGAUCCGAUGACAGAACCUGCAUCAUUUGGGACCUGAACCAGCUGACGUACAUAAACCAGCUUCCUGCCCACAGGGCAAGCCUCUGUUCUGUUGCCGUCAACAAUUUAACUGGUGAUAUUAUCUCUUGUGCUGGAUCUUACCUGUAUCUGUGGACAGUCAAUGGCCAGCUUCUUGCAAGUGUUAACACCACCUGCAGCCCCGAAUGCCAUACUGUUUGCUGUUGCUUUGCUGAAGUGAUGGACUGGGACACACGCAGCAUCAUCAUCACAGGAAGCACAGAUGGAGUGGUGAGGCUGUGGAAGACUGAAUACACCAAUGCCACAGACCAAGCUGCUGGACUGAGACUGCAGAGAGGCACAAUGGAAGAGCCAGGCAACACAGGUAACAAGUGUGGAAAACAUCUUGUUCUCUGUCGGGAACUGAAUCCCAGCCUUGCCUUGACUGGAAAACCAAGUAAGACCAGCCCAGUGGUGACAGCGCUGGCUGUAUCGAGAAAUUCCUCCAAGCUCCUAGUUGGUGAUAGCUGGGGAAGAGUCUGCUGCUGGUCUGUGGAUGGGUAGGAAGAAAUAGCCAAGAACUCUUGUUUUUUCAGCCUUCUGGAUGGAGAGAAAAUUACCCUUCAGAGCAUGAAAGAAUCAGAGAAACUGGAAGCCUAUGGUUGUGGACUGAAUCUCAAAGGAGUUGUUGGACUGACCCUGCAGUAAAGUCUGAUUGAAAUUAGAGAAUGGACUCCAAAGUUGUGAGAGACACUGACAGACAUGCACAUAGACAAUGAGAUUUUGCAGUAUUUGUCCUGCGAAACCUUUUGUAUUUUAAAUGUUAUUUUAGAUACUGAGUUUGGCAUAAAACAUUGUAUUUCACAAAUAAUAGCUAGCAAAUAAAACUGCCUUGAUUAUGCCAAAGAGCAAUGUAGCUUAAUAAAAUUCACAUAUUCUGAUUUUAAUACCAUGAGAUCAGAAAAUACUGAGGCUUUAAACAGAUGUUAAGUGAGUUUGUUGCGGUAUCUUUGUUCUUACUAACAUGCAGGUAUGUUAAUAUAUCCAUUCCUACUCUUCCUCCUUCCCUGAAUCUACAUGAAAAUGUAUGCAUGCUUUCUGAAAAGCUAUUUUGUUUGCAAAGUAAAGGUAGGAAUUCCCA